AUGAAUUCAACUCUCUCUGGUCCUAUCGCUAAUACAGCCGGUGUCCCUCAAGGACGCCAGACUAAGAAACUAACUGUUGAACUUGGGUAUAUAAUAGAAAAAUGUGAACUAAAUGAUUUUAUUAUUGAAUUUUCUUUUGCUUCUCAUGAUUGUAUUGAUGAUAUAUGUAAUGUUGUCAAUUGGGCAUUUCGUGGUAAACCAUCAUCCACAAAUCAAUUGGAAAUAUAUUGCGGUUGGAUUUGUGAAGAACAUUUAGUAAGUGGAAAACGAAUUUUACCACAUCAAUUAAAAAAAUAUAUUGAUAGAAUGGAACAGAAUAAACACAAUCCGGAUGAAGUCAUCAUUGUUGUAAAACUUAUUAAUAAAGAUUUAGCUGAUAAAAAACAAAUUGUAGGCUCUAUUCAAAUCAGCCUGUACGAUAGUACUUUGCAGCCAUUGGAAGAAAAAGAAAAUGGUAUUGCUGUUGAAUUUGGUUUAGUUGCUGUUGAUCCAGAUUAUCAAAGUAAAGGAAUUGGCACAUUGAUGUAUGGCGUAGCUGUGGUAAGGAAAACAUAG